GUGGAAGUGUUCACGUGAAGUCUGCGUGGGUCUUUGACCGCGAGACAGAAAAGUGCAGCGGCUCUUAGUUCCCCUGUGACAGGAGAGGGGCGGCGGACAGUCUCAGGUGUGUCGGUGAGGACGGAACCACGACCCGGCAGAUGUUUCUCAGAACCUGCUCCAGUGCUCUGUGCAUGUUUCCUCCUGAGCCCGACAUGCCGAUGGACAUCACCAUACCCCUCUACCUGUCAAAGGAGGAGUUCGUCUUCACCACCACCUCUGCAGUGCAGAAGUCUGUCCGCAGCUCCUGCCUGAGGUUCCAGCACUCAAACUGCGUCAACAAAACUGAGCCUGAAGAUGGCGCUGUCACCACUAAAGAGAAGAAGAAAAAGAAACGCGUCACGUUCGCCGACCACAAAGGUCUGUCCCUCACCAAGGUGAAGGUCUUCUCCAAGUUCACGGACCCCAUUGAAAUCCCUGUGAACAUCCAGGAGAUGUUGAGCUCCAAGCUCACCCUGUCAUCCACUGAGGAGGACAAACUGGUGCUGGACUUCACUCAGCCCUCCUCAGACUACCUUCUGUUCCGCCAGAACCUGGAACAGAACCUGGUGAGUCUGGAGCACUGCGUGCUGAAAGAGAAGGCCUUUGCUGGAACCGUCAAAGUAAAAAACCUCUCGUUCGAAAAGUCUGUGCUUCUCCGGGUGACCUUUGACUCGUGGAAAAGCCACACCGAUGUCGGCUGCGAAUACGUGAAGGACACGUACCCCACCUCAUACAGCGACACCUUCUCCUUCGAGGUGUCUCUGCCUGCGGAGAUGCGGCCGAACGAGCGGGUCGAAUUUGCCGUGUGUUACAAAGUGAACGGGAAAGAGCACUGGGACAGCAACCAGGGUAAGAACUACCACAUCGUCUGGUCCUACAUGAAGAAAAACCGCCACUCUGAAUCGUCGCACUUUGGGAUGCACUUCGACCGCUACGGCAGCCCAACCUGUUCACACGGGCUCUUCCCCGAUUGGCCGAGUUACGCCGGCUACGAGAACAUCGGCCCGUACUACUGAACAUCUGUCACCGUUUUUAAAUUGCACGUUGUCAGUGAUGACUUGCCUGUUUUAAAAUUGUUUCUGUGAUGUUGGGUUGCAUGUGAAGUCGGUUUCGUAGUUGAUGUUGGAUCAAACUACAGACCCGAGGCAGACCGUGACCCGGGCCGGGUGUUCUUUACCUCAUCAUUCCAGAUCAGAUUUUAAACUUUGCCUCGUCACAAGAACUGUAACCAACCGACCAAACCUCCACAAAUAACGAUUUCAAGUUCUCAGGUUUUAGCUUUCAAUGUGAUCCGAACAAACUGAAGCUGCUAACAGGAAAUCCAGUUUUUUUUUUUCUUUUUUAACUACACCUGUUGAAAUCUAUUUUCACCAAGUCACAGAUCACCUGUGGUGUCCUGCUGCCUCGUUUCCCAGAAGGGACUGUUUUCUUUUUUUUUGUUUUUUUAAGCAAGGCGACUUUUAUUCUCAGAAUUUUUUAGGUUUAGGAAGAUUUUUUGUUGGGCAGCAGAAAGGGAGCAGUAGAAGCUGAACAACAUUCCUCAUCAGUUGUUUCACUGCAGGAAGUCUGUGAAACAAUCUAAAAAAAUAUCCAAGUUUCUGGUCUAACAAACCCAGAUCAGAAUGAAUUCACUUUUUUUAACCUGGGAUAGUUUAUGAACACAGAAUGAAACCAUCACAGGUCAUUACCAGCAAUCGAUGCACCACAGAUUUCCUCGAGCUUUAAUAGUUUUGUUGCAGAGCAGAUUGUUCAAGUGUUUUUUUUGUUUUGUUUUUUUUGGCUUCUGAGGUUACUUUGACUGUUUGAAAAAGGUUGCUGGGGGACGGCCUGUAAAGUUUAGUAAUGUGACAUUUAAAGUUCUGUGAUUGAACCUGUUGGCAGCCGAAAUGAACGGAAAGUCCUACCUUACGCCGAUGGUCGGUUUCCUUAAUGGUAACCCUGAGAAGCUGCUUUAUUUCACCUUAAUCUGUGCAGUUAUUGUGAAAGCAAUCAGAAAAUAAGAAGCUGAACACUUUUCCUUGAAAGUUGACUGCGAGGAGUUUGAAGUCAAGACUAUCAGCUGCUCGUCUGCUCGAUCGUUUAGUUUUAUAGAAGUUCUCAGAACAACAGUUUCACAGCUACGCAUGAAUUUGCACAUCAGGAUGAGGAUUGUGUUGACCUAUGGUUUUAAAAGGGGAAUGAGGGAAGUUGAGGCUGUAAUCUUUUCAACCUGAGUGACUGCAGAAGUUUGACACAAACUAAUCUUCCUCAACUUUCAGAGAAUCUGUCUGCGCACAAUACCACAAAAACAAAUAAGCUAUAUGUCAUUUAGUUGUUCGAUGAGUGAUUUAUGUGUGGGGUUUUUUUUGGGGUGUUGGCACUGAGUUUGUUUUUAAAAUGUCUGCGUGUGUGUGCCAGAGCUCGGCCUCGAGGCCCGGGCUCUCAGACUGAAUGAUUCGGUAGUGAAAGGUGGUUUUUAGUUUUAAAAAGUUAAUAAAGUUCUGCCAUGUUUUACUCAAAGAUGAAAUUCUGUCUGUGACAACAAUCUGCUGUCAUCAAAAUGAUUUAAGGAACAAUAAAAAGUAUAUUUUUAUCCUGA